AAAGGAAUAUAAAUUUGUCUUUGUUUUUCAUAACAAUACUAAAUAUCUGUAUAUCUGUGCUAUUCUAAUUUGUGAUCACCUGUUCUAAUGAAUUCGUCACAAGUCAUUAAUUUACAACAACACUGAGAAAUUUCUUAUCAAUUGUAAAUGGUGAUAAAUUAAGCGGUUUAUACAUUCGACGUGUUACUAACAUCUGGAAUUUUCUAAAUAUGGCUGAGAAAUAUAAUACUAAAUGUCCAGGUGUAAAACGGCUUAUGCGAGAAGCACUUGAAUUAGCUGAAGCCACUGAAGAGUAUUGUGCAAGACCUCUAGAAGACAAUUUAUUUGAAUGGCAUUUUACGGUGCGCGGACCAAGGGGAACUGAUUUCGAAGAUGGCAUAUACCACGGUAGGAUAUUGUUGCCAAAGGAAUAUCCUAUGCACCCUCCUCACAUAAUACUUUUAACUCCAAAUGGCAGAUUCGAAGUGAACAAAAAAAUUUGCUUGUCGAUUUCUGGCCACCAUCCAGAAACAUGGCAGCCUUCUUGGUCAAUAAGAACAGCGUUACUGGCCCUGAUUGCUUUUAUGCCCACACCAGCUGAAGGAACAAUUGGUUCCUUAGACUACUCCCCCGCAGAACGUAAGAUCCUUGCUAAAAAAUCAAGCAGUUGGGUGUGUCCUCAGUGUGGUCAAAUUGCCGAAUUACUAUCUUCAACUGCUGCAAAGCCUCCAACAGAGGAGGAGCAGUCAGUACUGAAUCAAAUAGCAUUCAAAGGUGAAGAGGAGCAGGCACAGAAACCUCUUGGUGAACCUAUUUUUGAACCACAAAAUAUUCAGUUUGCUCCACAAGUUUUGGAGUCCUCUGAUACAACAACAAGUUUCUUAGAUCAGUUGACAGAAAUCCUUGUAGCUCUGUUGAUCGGUGCAAUAGGAAUAUUUAUAUAUAGACGUUGGAAUGCUGUUGCAGCUGCUGAUUCAGAAUUGUAAUUUAAUAAAAAAUGUCAAACAUGCAACGACUAAGCUCACCAUUGAUUAUUAAUUUAAAAUCUUUAUGUGUGUGCAAGAUACAAUAUUAUUAUAAAUUCACAAAUCUGUAUUUCAAAUAUAUAAUCUUAAAAUAAAUGUUUGUGGAAUGUUAAUGGGGAAAUGUUAUCUACUAAAACAGAUAAUUUGUAACUUUAAAGAAAAAUAAGUGUCUCAAAGCUAUUGUUAAUUACAAUACUUAAUCUUUUACGUGUUGACCUUCAUACCAUGGGUGUCCCCAGAUUUUUUGUAAAAGGGCAAAACAAACAAGGUAAAACUCAAUAAGUAUGAGAUAUUUUUUUUAAAUUUUAUUUUGACUUUUUAAUCACUUUGACUAUCUACAUUACUUCAAUAAUAGUCUGAGGAGGUUUUGGCUAAAUAUACCUAAAAUUUCCUUCUUAAAAUCUAAAAUAUCAAUUGUUAGCUUUGACUCAAGGUGGGGCAAAUACCUGCCCUGCCUGGCCCCGCUGUAUGUGUUCAUGCUUCAUAUUAAUUUCAAAUUUGUGCCUUAAUGAUUAGAUUUUUAUCAAGCAGUCUUUAAGGCCUAUAAUACAUUAAAUCAAAUUAUGAUUUAUAUAUUAUCAACAGUAUUUUUUACAAAUUACUUCAUAAUUCAUGUAUGAACUACAUUUAAGGUUUUGGUAUAAUGUACUCAAGACAUCUUUACACUUUUCUAAAAACAUUUUUUUAACAUUUGCUGCAUGUAUUACAUAAGGUACACAUACAUUAUAGAGAUCAUCUAAUUUACAUUCCUUAUUAGAAUGAAAAUUAUUUUUCAGGCACUUGAAUUUUCUGCAUAAUUUACACAUAUUAUGGUGGUACUGGAUAACUAAUUUAUGUAUGUUAGCAGUAAAUCUUGCUAUUUGCAACAAAUAAGUCUAAUAUUUCACUAGUUUCUUUAACUACUUAAAUUCAUUUUGAAUAUUAUUUUUUUAUUAUUACAUAUUAAAGAUUUUAAUAUUAA